AUGUACUUUUUAAAAUAUUUUGUAGAAAACUAUGUACGAUCUCAAUGUGAUGGUAAAGUGGAGGUUAUUAACGAAAAUCAGUUGAAGAACGGGAGUUUUGACGCUCAUGGGUAAGACAUAGCUUUGGAUUGUAUAUUGAACCAUUUUAAAAAGGUGGGGUAAACUUGAGAAGCUAUUGGGGGUGGAUAACAUAUUUUUGGAAUAUUUUUAAAACACAAAAUUCCAAUUAUAGCGUUACAUUAAGUAUGGUUUUACUUAUUUUUAGCACUCUGUUUGUUGACUACAGAAUCUACAUGUUAUGUAGACUUUAUCUACAUGAUGUAUAUACAGUAAACUUCCAAUCUCAACAUACGUCUACUACACGAUCUCUACGUUUAUAUCCGGUGAAAUGUAGACAAACCACCUUUUACAUUACUUCAACUGUACAGUUUAACAUCUUUAAAACAAAUCAGACUUUAGACAUUAGGGUUACUGUAAGUUUUUAUUUUUAUUGUCAAAGUUUUAAAGUUUAGAAUUCUUUAAAGCUACUAUAAUAUGAUUUUUUGUUAUGUUAAUAUAAUACUACUCUUUCAGAACAUACGAGCGGAUACAAAUGACAUUAAAGUGCUAGAACAAGUUCAUCUUAGUCCAGUCAAGCAGUUGAUGCCUAACAUUGACAACAGUAUAUUAGACUACGGCUUGGUAUCUUACUUUGGUGGGAGUAGGCUACUGUACAAUAGUGAUCUUAUUGGCGUUAAUGUUAGUUUUGGCAACAAAAUGGUUACAGUGUACUACAAGGUAAGUACUGUGUAAAGUAAAUACAAUAUACUAUAGAGUAUGCUUUGAUGUGAUUGUAGGUAUAGGACAAAGCUCCUUUUGAUAAAAACGAAUUUUUAAGAUUGUCAAUUACUUUAACAUUUGUAGGUAUUGCAUCAAAAAGAGUACUUCUUUGUCAACUCAACUACGCGUUUACUACAAAGCGCUACAGCAUCAGCACGAAGACCUUUGAACAACAACAUUGAUACCUCUUUUACUCCGACUUCUAUUAAAACUACAGUAACUGAGCUUGUGUCAAUCUUUGAGAUUGUAUUUUUAAAGGAAAAGGCAGCAAGGGUUACUGUAAACACCUUGGUUAGUAAUGAUAACUGCAGCCAAGAUGUGGUACUCAAGAUGGCAGCCAAUGUUUUGGGAGUAAAUUUGGCUACAUUCAACUGUUACGAUCUCUGGAAUACAGAAGGCAAGCCGACGGAUACUGUAGUCAAUGGGUGGUUCGAAAAAGGUACGGUAACUAAGGGGUUAUAUGGUUUUAUAUUGUAAAUGUCAUUAUAUACUAACUAUAUAAUAUAAAUGAAUAUAAUGUUGUUAUUAUAGUUAAACAGCUCGAACCAUGUGUAGUACGACUUCAGAAUAUGCAUAUUUUGGCUGGAAACAAAAAUGUCGAUUUGGAUUCUGGUAGGUCAUACUGUAACUAGGCUUACGUACACAAUAAUACAUCUAGUACUCUACAUACGACUAUAACACUUAAUUUUUUACAUUUUACUACUGUAAUUUACAGGGAACAGAAUCUUGGAAGUCUUGACGCAAACACUUCAGAAUCUUGUAGCCAACGCUGUAGUCUUUAUACCGUGCACAUCUACUGAUUUGGAAUCUUUGCCAAAGUCGUUUACCAAACUAAUUCAUUUCAAAUUUGUUGUCAAUGACUUGAAAUCUCAUGACAGGCAAGAGUUUACUGAGUAUCUAGUACAACAAAACGCUGAGUUUGACAGAGAAAAGAUUCUGGAAUCUGUACGAGUAGGUUUUACUUUGUCGUGAUGCUUAUACUGGCAAUCAUAUAAUGUAAUAGCUCAAUUUUACAUUACGUAACUCUUAUAUUUGAAAUAUUGUAAUACUUUUAGGGCAUGACAUUAACCGAGUUGAAUCAACUGGUAGAAGAAGCCAAUUUAAGUGCUUUAAAAGAAAAUCGGUAAGUUAAUGUUUCAAUAAGCUUUUUUAAAACUUAGGGUAGAUAUUGCUCUCAAGAAUAUGUUGUGAUUGGGUUUAAAGUAGCCUUAAAAUAUGGUGAUUUUUUCAUUUUCAGGUCAAACAUUAACCAAGAAGACUUAAACUGGGCGCUAGAGCUUCGAAACAAAGCGUUUGGAGAAGCUGUCGGAGUACCAAAGGUACCAAACGUUAGUUGGGACGACGUCGGAGGUCUGGAAGAUGUAAAACAGUUAAUAUCCGAAAGCUUGAAGGUCAAUUUGGACCACAAAAAGAGUAAUUUGAGGAGAAGUGGAGUGGUACUGUAUGGCCCACCUGGCUGUGGAAAGACUUUGAUUGCUAAGGGUAAGGAUGGGUUUUUGGUAGUAAUAUGGGACUAAAGAAAGAUUUAAAAAAUUUUUUUUGGGAUAUUUAAAAAGAUUUUUUCUUAUCACUUAUUUGGUAUAUUGUUUGUUUAGUUUAAAAAUUUAAUUUUAAUGAUUUCAGCUGUUGCCAAUGAGUUUAAAAUGACAUUUUUGAGUGUAAAAGGCCCUGAACUUCUAAACCAGUACAUUGGGCAGUCCGAGAAGAACUUGCGACAAGGUAAGAUACUAAAACUUUGAUCUAUAUGACUUUUAUUUAUUGUAAUCAGCGAUAAACUGCAUGUUAUAUUAUAAUUUUCUAUAACACUUUUAUCAAAAUUUGAGUAACAUGGUAUCUGUAAAUGUUUAUAUAAUAGUAGAAGCCACUAUUUCAUGCCUGACUACCCAUUUUCAGUAUUUGAACGUGCCAAAUCAGCCGCUCCCUCCAUCGUUUUCUUCGACGAACUCGAUUCCCUAGCCCCAAGCCGUGGUGUAGCCGGGGAUUCUGGAGGUGUGAUGGACAGGAUGGUGUCUCAGCUACUGUCAGAGUUAGACGGUCUACAAACUGUCAAGGAUUCCCCUGUUUUUGUAAUGGGGGCUACAAAUCGACCAGACCUUCUCGACCCUUGUCUCUUGUCGCCAGGCAGGUUUGACAAACUGAUUGAAGUGAAGCUGGCAACAGACUUUGAGAGCAAGGUUAGGAUUCUGAAUCCGAUUUGCAAGAAGGUGAAGCUGCAUCAGGAGUUGACGGUGGAGGAUGUUGUAAGUUAUAGUUUUAUCGUAUCUUUAGUGUAAUAUAACUUUAAAAACGGUAAUUUUAAGUCACUAUAACGUCAAAAAAUCAAAGUAAACAGCAAUACCUACACUCACAGUAUUAACAAUACAAACCCCCAGGGCCGGGCAGGGACUUUUGGUCUGGGGGCAGGGGUCCAAAAAAAUCGGCACAGGUAACACCUGCGCCGAUUUUUUGCGAAAUUUUUUUUCCCGUAAAUCCACAGGCGGGACCACGCUCAACUUUUUUCAAAAAAUUCUCCCCCCCCGUCCCCCCCCUCGCGUCCGGCCCUCCAAUCUCCCAAUUACAGUCUGUUUACAAACCUAAAACAAUAUUGUUGCAGGCUCGCUUAUGCCCUGAAACGAUGAGCGGCGCGGAAUUAAGCUCGGUGAUCUCGAAAGCGGCCAUGUUAUCCGUACAAGAGCGGAUCGAAGCCCUGGAGGCAGGCGGUGAAAGCGAUUUGGAACCGGUUCGAAUCCAUCAAACUCAUAUUAUACUUGCUCUCCAAUCGCUCUGA